GUGACGUAGGAGGAAGAAGACGCCAUUAGGGGGCAGCGGGGCCGCCUGCUGCGUGAAGCUGUUUGUGGUGCUGUCUGUUCCUUAUUUCCGCGGCGCUUCCUCCUGCCCGCUGCUUUUCUCGGUUCCGUGCCGCCGGCUUUUUCUUUCCGCUCCCUACGGUCCUCGUCCCCCUGCGGGCGGCGGCGCGCCGCGGAGCGGGGCGGUGGAUGUGAGGCGGCCCGGCGGGCGGCGGGGCGCGGAUGGCGGCGGGGGCCGGCGCGGCGGCCGGCGGUCGCAGCUUCUCCUUCAAGGUGGUGCUGCUCGGGGAGGGCUGCGUGGGGAAAACCUCCCUGGUGCUGCGCUACUGCGAGAACAAGUUCAACGACAAGCACAUCACCACGCUGCAGGCAUCUUUUCUUACAAAGAAGCUGAAUAUUGGCGGGAAAAGAGUAAACCUUGCAAUAUGGGAUACAGCUGGUCAAGAAAGAUUUCAUGCACUGGGGCCAAUCUACUACAGAGACUCUAAUGGUGCUAUUCUAGUAUAUGAUAUAACAGAUGAGGACUCUUUCCAGAAGGUAAAAAACUGGGUUAAGGAAUUAAGAAAAAUGCUGGGCAAUGAAAUCUGUUUAUGUAUAGUAGGUAACAAAAUAGACUUGGAAAAAGAGAGACAUGUUUCAGUGCAAGAAGCAGAAACGUAUGCUGAAUCUGUUGGAGCAAAACAUUAUCAUACGUCAGCUAAGCAGAAUAAAGGAAUUGAAGAACUGUUUCUUGACCUCUGUAAAAGAAUGAUAGAAACUGCUCAAGUGGAUGAAAGAGCAAGAGGCAAUGGAUCCAGUCAGUCAGGAACAGCAAGGCGAGGUGUACAGAUCAUUGAUGAUGAACCACAAGUACAGAGCAGUGGAGGGUGCUGUUCUUCUGGAUAGUGACAAAACUGUGCAUCACUGCCCUCUCAAUAUGAAGACUGCCAUAUUCCAAGUCACGCGUUCUUUACCAGUGGAGUAAUAGAGUUAACAGUAUUUAAAAAUAAUCACAUAUAACACUGCAGAGACCUUAAGUGCUAAACUAGUGGCGUCUGUGACCAGAGAAUUGGCAUUUUCUACAGUGGUUAACAAAGCAAUUACCAAUGGCCUUUUUACAUAUUUUUCUUUAAUGAGGAAUAAUAUGCAUGUAGAAAAGACCUACUUAAAGGCUUCAUUUAUAUUCUUUUAAAUCAGAUCAUUAUUUAAUAACUUAUAUACGUUGUUGUUGGAAUGGUAUACAUUUUUGCAGCUCUUUGUAUUUCAUGCUAGAUUGAAUUGUAUCACUUCUAAAAUGCACAUUGAUUUUUUUUUUAAAUUAGCAGAUACAUUAAGUAAUAUUUUUGCAGGGCCUCCACAAGCCUAUAACCGUCAACUACUUUGAUAUAUUCUGUUCAUCCUGUAUGCCAAGCUGGUAAAAUACAUUGUAAAUUACCUAUUAAAUAUUUUAUCUGCUUUUACAAGUGCAGGUGCAGAAAUAUGUACAUCAGUCUUGUCAGUGAUUGUGAAGUGAAUAAGUCAGUGAAAAGAUGCAAGCUUUUCAUGUGUACUGUUGAACUGUUCAUUCUAUUUCCCCUUCCUGAAAAUUGAAAACAGCUUUUUUUUUUGUGAACUCAUAGCUACAGUAUUCUUUAAGCUUUCUUUUCUGGCAAGCAGAAGUAUUUAGAGUACCCCCUAAGUAGGAAGGGAAUGCUUCCUUAGGCUGCUGUUAAACAUUGAGGCAUUUGACUCCCAGCUGAAACAGCUGGAGCGUGCAUUUAUCUUGCCUCCCAGAGUAUCCCCAGAGAACUGGAGCAAAUUUAGCCCCUGUCUAUCUGGUCACCACCUAAACCAGAUGUGGGGAAACUCUUAAUCUGCAUUAAUACAUUUGUGCACCAAGACAGCAUUAGAAAAAAAAAAUGAGCAUAAGUUUUUCUUGUAUUGCAAGGCUUGUGUGGAAAAAUGAAUUGGCAUUAAUUAGAACUGCUUCUGACUUGGAAUUGUUAUGUGGAAGGUAAGAAACUUGCCAGAUGCAAUUGUAAAUUUGGGAAUACUAGACAAAACUGAACUUACUCUUGACUUGCUCUUCUACUUGUAAUGCUUUUUGAAGCCCACUUAAGGUUCUGGGAGGAGGGAUUUCAGAAAUAGUGUAUAAAUUGCUAUCACAGAAGGAACACAAAUGGUGGUAGUUCAAAGUGUUUUGUGCUCUGAAUUUUUUACUUAAGUUGUCAUGCUUGGAAAAACAGUAAAGGUGAUGUCUAUGACAAAAUAGAGUAUUUCUUGGCCUUCCUUUUUCUGAAGGGUAGUAUUAGUAUUGCAUAUAAAUGCAUUGAAUGGUGUGGGUAUGUUACAGUGCACAACAGGAGUAGUAGGAACUAAUCAGUCUGACAUGUAAGAAAUAUGUCUUCAUCUGAUAUCUAUUUUCUCUGAAAUAAUAGAUGGCUUUGCUACAGACUGGUC